AUGGCUACCAUUCUGGUCGGCUCAGCCCAGGAAAAGUUCAUCGUUCACCAAGAGCUUCUGUGCAGCAAAUCUGAGUACUUCGCCAAAGCACUCACUGGGACCUUCGAAGAGAGUCAGACCGGCAUCGUCAAGCUCGAAGAUGUUUCCCCUUUCUUAUUCAGGAUCUUUGUCACCUGGCUGUACAGCGGCAAACUCGCUUAUACUGUUGUCGAUGACAGUUCAAACAUUGAUCAAGACUUCGGUAGCCUCGAUGGCGGCUUCAACCCUGCUAUCAUUAAAGCAUCAGAUCUGAACUGCGAAGAUGUCAUGACAUGGCCUGAGCAGGCCUUUGUUGCACUGUACAUACUCGCAGAUCGCCUCGACGUCAAGGCUCUCAGAAGUACCACCAUCGAUAUUCUGAUCGAAUUUUUCCAAGAGAAGAGAAACUCCGCAAUGAGUGCUGGUACUUAUAGAUACAUCAACUCAAACACGACUGCAGCAUCUCCUCUCAGAAAACUUGUUUUGGACAGAUUGAUAUAUGGCGUAAGGUAUAGUUCAGAGGACUUGGCCUUUUGGAAAGCCUUGCCUCACGACAUGGUGGUUACAGUACUCAUAGAGUUAGCUCGAAGAAUACCUUCGGAGUUGUGUAGCUCCUGUCACAGCAAGAAGCCGUCAUACAACUCCAUCGCACUCGACGACGACCAUUCGUGCAAGGACAAGGACACUGCGCCUUACAAGGCAGAUCCAUGUUUCUACCAUGAGCAUGCGGAUGAAGAAGAAAAAAAGGCUUGCCGUGCUCGCCGUAACCCUGUUACCUUCGGUUAG